UGUGCUGGGAUGGCCGUGUUGCUGUCAAGCGAACGCUUCCCCUCGCGCGUGUUUUGACUUAUUUUUGUCAAACGAUCGCCAUAUUGUUUUAUUGUGUUCGUAAUAUUUUAAUUUGAAUCAUCAUCAACACAUUAAUUUUACGACUAAACAGUUAUGAUCGAAAUAAUAUGUCGUUAUGUGAUUAAAAAUAAUUAUUAUUAUAAUGUUAUUUUUUUUUUCUCUUGAUUUACUACGUGUGUGUGUCGUCGCGCGUGUGUGAAUAUGGAUGUGUAUGCGAUUAGUAUUAUUAACACAAUCGUUUAUCUACGUUGCAGAUAAUUAAAUAAUUAUCUCCAUCAAUCAUUAUUGAACGGCUCGUUCGGAAACUUGGCAUUAUAACCGUUAUUCCAUUGUCAUUUGGACAUGAAAAUUAAAUUAAAAAAAAUUAAAUUAAAAAAGUGUAAUUUCCUUACCUCCGUGCGCGCGUAUACAGUGUAGUGUAGUGUAGUGUAGGUAGUGUAUCUAAUUAUAGUUUGUUGAAAAAUAACUGCCACAGAACAUUCAGUGUGUUAUAAAUUUAGUGCAAUGUGUAAGCUGAAAAGUUUAAAAUAAUAUUGCAUAGUAACCAUUGUUUUGUUUUAUACGAUGUUACAUGGUGUCCCAUUCAAAGAUAUGCACUCGAUUUGUGUUUUUGUGAAGUUAAAGUGACUGCUUGGAUGUUUUUCCUUUGUCCUUUGGAUUGUUUUUAAUUAUGGAUAAACCGUCGUUCAAGCUGGUGGGGUCCCCAUGCGGUCAACAUGGGCAAUACACCUUCUACAAGGCACUGCGGCUGACCGGACCCCGGGAGAGGAUAGUCGCCAUUGGGGACUUCUUCUUCGUUAGGAUCUGGCAGGACUCCGAGCUGGUCUCCAUUGGCGAAUUACAACUGCUAUGGACCGACAGGGUCUCAGACCAGACCCUGGUGAGUCUCAGGCUGUACUUCCUGCCUGAGAACACGCCCGAUGGUCGAGGUUUACACGGGGAGGACGAGGUACUAGCGAUAAACGACAAGGUGGUAGUCCGGGCGGAGGACCUGCUCAGCUGGGUGUGCGCGGGCGACAGUUGGCGGUGGGGGCUGCGUGCUGUGUGGAAGGGCUCGUGUGCACCGCCAGCGGAGCCCCGCCACACGGCGCCGCUGCACCACACCAAGCUGGACUUCAGCGACAUCGAGAGGGAGAAGAGUACUAUAGCAGUGGACGCGGAGUGUCCCGGUGUGGUGGUCUUCUCGUACCCUCGAUACUGCCGCUACAGGGCGCUGCUGUCCCGCCUCGAAGGCAUCCAGGGGGACUGGCUGAGGGACUCUCUAGUGGCUGCGCUUGGAGGUUACGCGGCACCCACCAAGAACACCAGAAUACUGUACUGCAAGGACACCUUCGAGUACCCGGAGCUGGAAGGACACGAGUUUGUGUGCAACCACCUAGCGCCUAGGUUGAAGGGAAGGCCGCGUGGCCGCCGUCGACGUCCCCCGCGCUCACGUAGCCACUCCCCCUCGUCGCCAUCGCCGUCGCGCUCCAGCGACAGCGACCACGACCGCCCUCCUCCUCAGCCUAGGAUCCAAACCCCCCGGCGGCUCACACUCCGCAACGGCGAUAAGCACAGCGACGAGGAUGAGGGGAAGGAGGCCACCGCCGAAGACAAAGCAUUCCUGAUGACGCUCAAGAAGUUCUACAAGGACAGAAACGAGUCGUUCAGCGCUGCGUACACGCUCAAGGACUUGUCGCUUCGGGCGCUGUACGCGUGGGUGCGAGCGCGCGGCGGCUACGAGGCCGUAUGCGGCCGCAAGCUGUGGCGGCACGCAGCCGCGCAGCCCGCCCGCGCCCGCCGCCACUACGAGCGAUUUCUGCUGCCCUUCGAACACCACGAACGACGGAAUGGCCACAAAGUGAACGGGCGAGUGGACGAGCCCCACACCAUAGCCACCAUAGAAGUGGCCGACUCCCCCCUUAGGGAUGUGGAUAAACAGCCCAACCUCCCUGAAAAGAGACUCCGCACCCCCUCACCGAAACACGAACCUGUCAAUAAUGAAACAUGCGAAGUCAAGGAGGAAUACAUAAUAUCCAAGCCUGCUGAAGAACUCAACAGGGAAUUCUUGGAAUCACUACCCAAAGAAGAGAAAUUUAUCAAUGUAAAACCAGCGGAGAAGUUGUUUGAUCAGAAAGUGGAUGUGAAGGACCCCGAUGCGGAUGCCAAGCCGAUUCUAGUGGAUUCCAGCAAUGUGAUAGACGACAGUGGGUGUAAGGUGAAGGAUGCUUCGGUGUACGGGAACGAGCUGCCGCAGAAAGUGAAUUCGAGCGGCAGCGAGGCGGUUGCGGCAGGCGCCGACGGCAGCUCGCUGUCGAGCCUGUCCGCGCUCGGAGACAAGUAUGUGAACGGACACCACGCUCCGCCCGCGCACCAGAAGAGCAAACCGGUGGGUCGCAGCUCGCUGCGGGCCGUACGCGUGAAGCCAGCGCGGCCCAACCACGCGCCCGCAAACACACCGCCCAUUCCCCCCCUCCGGCCGGAGUCGGCGUCGUCAUCGCCUCAGCCGGUGGUCACCACCUCCACAGUCGGGCCGCCCAUCACCAACUUCGGGAUCCAUCAUCCGCCAGCGCCUAUUAGCGAUGAUGAAAUUGUGGAGGUCCCAUACAAGCCAAAAACACCAGAGAUAAUAGAUCUCGACGAGUACCCGGAGAGUCCGCAGGCCGUCAAGAAGAAGAAACUGGAUAUCCUCAAAGAGAGGGGUCUGGAGGUAACCGCCAUACCGACGCCCGCCUGGCCCGGCCCCGUGCCCCUGACCACCAUCAACCCCAUCCUGAACACGGCCCCCAUGACGCUAAACCCCGCUGUUCAGCACCAGAUCAUGACCCAAGUCCAGCUAUUCCAAAUGUACAACAUCGUCCCGCCAAAUUACGCCAACGGCGUUCGACCGCCUAAAAUCACGCAGGGCACCUCGAUUUUCGGAUCGUCGGGACCCGAGAAAACCGUGUACGGCAAUCCCAAAGAUCCCUUCAUGCCCCCGCCCCACAUCCUACACGGUGCCCCGGUGAAACCCCAAAAGAAUGUAGCCUCCUCAACACCCCAAACGCCGCCUCAAGAUAUCUUAGACUUAACCUGCAAAAACCCGUCCCUACCCCCGCAGAAACCAGCGGUCGAGAUAGUCAGAGUUCCCCCGACACCUUCCCCCUCGAAGAUCACGAGUACCCCGCAAAAUUUAGCUAAAAAUUACACGUUAAUCGACGGGAAAGCGGUCGUAGGAUCCAAUUUAGAAAUCACUUUAGUCAAUCCAAAAUCUCAACACAAUUCAAUGAAGAACCGAACGCCGCAGAAGCGGUCCUCCAACGGCAAAUUCAUGUCCACAAAGACCGUUACGCCCCCUAAAGAUUACCCCAAAGCGUACACGUGUCCUUCCCCCUCCGGGGCACACAAGAAAUCUCCCAUAGUGGUCCCCAACUACCAAGUGAAUCCCCGGGACGACCCUUCCCCAACGAGUUCGACCGGAUCAAGGGACAGUCAGACGCCGCAGAACUUUCAAAAUGUGAUCAAAAAUCAUAAUCUAGCGCAGAUUUUGGAAAUGCAAAAGACGGUGCCCACCGUCGGGCCUUUUAUGGACCCGGUGUACAUGAGUGCACUGUACAACAGUCUGGGCCAAAUGGACCAGAGACAAUUAGCCGCGUAUAGAGACAUGAUGGCCAGCCAGUUUAGGGGUUACUCUGGCCUCCUAAACAUGGGUGCGGUGACGAAUACACCUACAACGAAAAAUUAAUAUCUAGUCUUAGUUUUUUUUUUGUGAUAAUACAGCUAUUGCACGUUACGGCGGACUUUCAAAUUUGGAAUGAAAAAUUUAAAAGUUCGGUUAAAAUUGCCAUAUUUAAAAAUAUUUGUCAUUUUAAAAUUCUAUGCCCAAAACUUUCUUUAAACGAAUUAGUCGAGUUUUGUGGAAGGAUGUUUGAAAAAUAUAUCAAAAUGUUCAGAAUUACUUCGGCUACAGUUUCAGUGUUUUUUUUUUCUAAAUAUCUGUUUUUUUUUUUUUUCAAUUUUCAAUUUGGAUCUGUGGCCAGUUCAAUAGACAAACAUGUCAAGUUAUAGGCUCGCCGCCAUUUUUUUUUUUAUUUUUAACCGGCUUCGAAAAGAGACAGUUUUCAAUUCGGUUGUAUUUUUACUUUUUAACGUUAAUAUUUAUUUAUUUUAAUUUAAUUUAUAUUUGAUGUUAGCUUAAUUGGACUAAAGUAGCCUCGUGAGCCGAUAUUUAUAUUAUGUAGAAAAGACUUGAUUAUUUGUAUGUAUGUAUGUAUGUUUCAUGCAUUACUCGUUAAUUGCCCACUGCUGAAUAUAGCCUCCCCCUAUUGCACGUAGGGGGGGGGGAUGCCAGUCAUUAUUGCCUUUUUUUAUAACUAAAAAUGAAAUAAUUAUCCCUCUAAUGCUAUCCGUAUAUUACGGCAAAGUACCAGGGAAACAUGAUAGGCGAGGAUGUCACGUCACUUAGUUGGUCGUGACGAAUUUUCCACCAUAGUUUCCAGGAGGAAUUGUGUGGAUGUUUUUUUUUUAUGCAACUUAAAAUGGCAAACAAGCUGACGGCCCACCUGAUGGUAAGUGGUAACCGUCGCCUAUAGACACGAGCAGUACCAUGGACAUAACAGAAUAUACUGUUUCGCCCGUGAUAGGCCAACAAGGGAGCAAUUUGACCACAUUACUGACAAUUCCCCCCCCCCCCCCC